AUGGUCAGUUUGGUAGUAUAUGGCACCUGUAGUGCCUUGUUGGCCAGUCUACCCACAUAUGGUUGGCUAAUGGCGUCGAUGUCUGUGUCCGGUCUAUUUCACGAUGGUUUCUAUCUAAUGAAAAACCUAUGGAUAAUGGAAAUGUGGUCCAAACAGUCGGCUCCAUAUUUGCAUGCAUUGAAUUUUGCCGAAAAUCUAUCAAAUAUAAUGGGAGCCGUACUGGCCAAACCGUUUUUGUCGACAGCCAUACAAAACAGUACACAAACAACAACUACUAAUACAAUGGAUACUACUGGUUUGAUAGUAUAUGGCAUAUGUUGGUCARUGAUGGCCAGUCUAUCAACUUAUGUAUGGCUAAUGGCAUCCAUGUCUGUGUCAAGUUAUGUCAAUAAACAAUUGGUUUGUAUGAUUAGUUUGAUAGUAUAUGGCAUAUGUAAUGCUAUGUUAGCCAGUCUACCCACAUAUGGUUGGCUAAUGGCAAUGAUGUCGGUUUCCGGUCUAUUUCACGAAGGUUUCUAUCUAAUGAAAAACUUAUGGCUACUGGAAAUGUGGUCCAAACAGUCGGGUCCAUAUUUGCAGGCAUUGAAUUUUGCCGAAAGUAUGGCCAAUAUAUUGGGACCCGUACUGGUCAAACCGUUUCUAUCGGAAGCCAUACAAAACGGUACACACAUAACGUAUUCAGUGGGCAAUACAUCACGUAUAUACAUACCGACACUACUAACUGGAUCGUUGACUGUCGGAUGUGGCAUAUUUCUAGGCAUACUGUACUAUAUUAAACGGUAUGAUCCGAUCAAAGUGGACACCAAUAGUAAUAAUAAUAACAAAACAGAUAACAAAUCAUUAUCAUUGAUAUCAAUAGUUUUAUACCGUUUACAUAGAGAACUGGUACCCAAUUGCUAUCAGUUUACUAUAAUAUUGUUUUGUUCACUAAUUUAUACACUAAUUAUUCUGUUUGAUUCMACUUAUUAUUAUUURUCAACAUUUGCACAGUUAUCUCAACUWCAWAUGAGUCAACAAUCGGCYGCAUAUUUAGUGUCCGGSUUYUCCAUAGCAUCGGCUGUCAGUCAACUGGUUUGCAUACCUGCGGCYAAAUACCUGAACGUCAAYCUAAUAAUGUAUAUAUGUUUGKCACUGGUAUUUAKCGCACAAUUACUAUAUUUAAUUUURGCCAACAAUUCAUUGGCCAUUAUGUGGACGGCAACCAUACUGUUUGGUAUWGGUUUCGGACCACUAGCCGGUUGUMUAUUAAGUUAUAUGGAAAUCCUAUUUCCCGUAACCGAUAUGGUCGGCAUSCAUUUAUAUCACUAUUAA